CAGGUACCCUACCGUUUUUACCUGCCGAGGGAUAUAGAUAGUCUUGGUCGCCGUGAUAAUGAAGAUCGCAGAUUCGCCUUAUUGAUAGUACGAGUACUCAUGCCGACUCCUCGGUCAUCUCGUCUCGAGGCCAAGAAAUGAUCGAGUUGAGCGGCUUCAGACUCGAAUUUCGGACCCAGCAUCAGCAGGUCUUCUCUCAGGCAAGCAACACAUCUAACGGUCUCGGUUCGUUGGCCCAACCCCCCAUUUGAUAAGCUGGGUUGUCGAAUCAGCUUUCUUUGACAAACAGAUUUCCGGUCGAGAACCUAAAGGAACAGGAGCAUGGUCUAAGCUCAAGACAGCGCCGUGGCAAGGCAGACUGUGUACACGGGGUACUUCGCCUGUUAUAAGAGGUCGGGUACCAAAGUCAUCGUGAUCCGUACCUCCUUGAACCUCUCCCCGCGUUAUCGAAACAGUGUCAAGUGGUGCUAGAACCCUUCGCCCACACCUACCUUACUCAGCUGAUAGCUCCAGUUGCCGACUGGGCGGAUCGACAAGUGCGGGGAUCGAGGCCACGCGGGCUCAUAAGAGGCGAUAUACGGAUUACUCGAGUCGGGCUUGGAUUUUCCAAGCAGUCAGUCUGCGAGAGACCUCCCCCAAGGUGCAACUGUCAUACCAUAUAACCCCGCUCCUCUCCGCACCAGCUAGAGAGACGACAUUCCCCCAGCUUUCUCUGGUUUUGCCACAUGGAGUUUCCCUGAAGGAAUUUGAACAAGUAACCUCUACUCGUAAGACGAAGAGACACUUGGACGACGAACAGCGUCUCACGUCAAACUUGCUCUCUACGUCUCUCAAUAUAUAUCAGAACUUAAACCCACCAACAGCAACCCCUUCCCAGACAUACAUCACCAAAAAAGGAAGAGAGAGUGAAAACGAGGGAGAACCAGAAAAAAAAUAAAAGGAAGGAUGGCCGACAACCUCCCAUCGGGCAACGAGUUCCGCGCCGGCCGCGCCGCGUCGACCACGUCCGCGAGCUCGGCGGGCAGCUGGGCCGGUGAGCAGGCGCAGGCGCAGGCGCAGGCCAAGCAGGCCGACCCCAAGGGCAAGCAGCAGCCCUUCCGGCGGCCCUCGCACUCGCUCUUCGAGGGCCUCACGGCGCAGAAGCGCAAGGACGACCCGGACUUGGUCGCCCGGCGCCAGAGCCUCAACGAGCAGCGGGAGAAGCCCGGCUUCAUUGGGCGGAUGUGGGACAACUGGGUGCGCGGCGAAAAGUAGUUAGGAAACGGACCCCGCCCCCUUCCCCCCUUUCUUUGCAGUAGUACAACCUUACCAAAAAAAAAAAAAAAAAAACACGUUCUCCUGGAGAACACCAUCAAAGUCUUGGAGUAUUCGGGAGCAGGCCGGUCAAGGAGGAGGCGUUCUUUCUUGGGAUUUUUGCAUAUCGAAACAAAACACAUGAAAAAAAAACCAUCACCGACUAAGUGAUAUAUAUGGGUGGAAAUUAUGUACGGCUGGGAGGUCAUGAUGGAUAUUGGUCCCUGGAGGUAUCAGGGUAUGUUCCUCUAGGUUCAAUGUGUUCUAUGUUAGCAGAUUGCCAAAGUUUUCUUUGGUCCUUACCUGUCUCCAAUCUAGCGUGUGAUCUCUUAGACCAGUGUCGUGGCUCGAGUGGUGCACCCCGACGUCGAUAACCUAAUGCGUAACAACAUUAGUCAAAUGCAAUAUGGACAAGAUGAGAACACUUCUUGAAAAAUGACCUCGAGUGCAAUGCAAUAUGGACAAGAUGAGAACACUUCUUGAAA